AUGGGAAAGUCACAGUCAAAGCUAUCCCCCUCCCAGCUCGAGGAGCUCCAGAAAGCGACGCACUUUGACAAGAAGGAGCUCCAACAAUGGUAUAAGGGCUUCUUGAAGGACUGCCCAUCCGGCACAUUGACCAAGGAGGAAUUCCAAAAGAUCUAUCGGCAGUUCUUUCCAUUCGGCGAUCCAUCGUCAUUUGCAAAUUAUGUUUUCCGGGUUUUCGACGCAGAUAACAGUGGCAUGAUUGACUUCAAGGAAUUUAUUUGUGCGCUCUCGGUCACAUCGCGCGGAAAGAUGGAGGACAAGCUGGACUGGGCCUUCCAACUCUAUGACAUUGACGGCGAUGGGAAAAUCACGUAUGACGAGAUGCUAGCUAUUGUCGAGGCAAUCUACAAGAUGGUCGGCUCCAUGGUGAAACUUCCGGAAGAUGAGGAUACGCCAGAGAAACGAGUCCGGAAAAUCUUCCGCAUGAUGGACAAGGACGAGAACGGUAGCCUCGACAUGGAAGAGUUCAAAGAGGGAAGUAAGCGUGAUGAGACUAUUGUUAGUGCUUUAUCGCUCUAUGAUGGGCUGGUAUGA